AACCUGCAUUGAAUUCCUUCCAGAACCAAAACAUCCUUCCUAAGAUGUGGUAUCCAUAUCUGCUCACAGUACUUUAAGUGGAGUCUAAUUAAUCAUAAAACUGCAUUUUAAAAGCACACAGGUCUCUAGACUGCUCACCAAACUCUCAAAACAAUUCUAGAACUGAAACUAAACCAUUCCUCCCUCUUUGUAACAAAAUAUAAAUUCAAGUUAUACCUUAUUCCUGAACCCUCCACAAAGAAAGAUGAGAAGAUAUCUUCAAAUAUAUUCAUUUUUAAUUGCAAUUUAUUCAAUUGUUCCCACAGACAAUUUUGGGCUAAUGCGCGAUUUGGCUCUAACAUCACUGAAGUAUUUUCGAGACUGCUUACCUCUGUUGGCAAUGUAACAAUUCCAGUGGGGAUCUGUUCGUGUAUCUCGUUCCGUACAUACGCCAACUGUGCCGAUCUGCGCAUGUGUGACGUCGGUGCCUGUCUUUGUUGUCUUCAUGCUGUUCUGCACAUGCGCCACUGUCUGUGCAGUUCUGUUCAUGCGCAACUUUUGCACUAGUCUUCGUGCUGUACUGUGCAUGUGCUAAUGUCAGCUGGCGAGCUUCCUAAGAGAGGCCUCCACCAGGACUUUUUUUUGGAUGAGUUGUCUGUCUACUCUUCCCUUGAAGUUGGAGGUUCUAAUUAAAGCAGUGAUGGUAUAAAUCGAACUGGGUCUUUUGCACAAGUUGGAGAUGGGAGCAAACAGCAGCAGCAUUGCUGAGCUUGCAAAUAACAGCUACCUUCAACAUCUUGCUGGCACAGAAACCAUAUCAGAGAAUGAUCCGUUCUGGAAUCAACUUCUAUCGUUUUCCUUCACAACAUCUACCAAUGGUCCUGAUACACAGCUCUUGGAAGAGGCAACACUUUCGAUUUCCAAAUCAUUAAUUGAGAACAAUCCUCGGACAGAAAACUUUCAAGCUCUUGUUAAGAUUUUCCUUAGUCGAACUAAUGAAUUGAAGGUCUCAGCUGAAUGUCAAGACCAGCUGUUUAUUUGGCAGGCCCACAAUGCCCUGUUCAUCAUUCGCUGUUUAUUGAAAGUGUUUGUCAGCCAAGUAUCCGAAGAGGAGCUACAGCUUCAUUUUACUUAUCAAGAAAGACCACCAUUAUCUUAUGGGGCUGAGGCAGAAGAUCUCCUGGAAGAAUUAAUUUGUACUCUAGUACAUCUCAUUAUUGAAUUACCUUUAUUAGAUAUUACAUAUAGUAUUCUUCUUGAAUCUGUGACUACGCUUUUAGUUCUACUGUCUUACCAGCUAUUCCAGAAGGAAAUCAUUCGAGAGAGUUUAAUAUACAAAUGUUUGAUGGAAGGUCAAUGCCUUCAAUAUACUAGCAGAGUUGUAAAAACAUUGCUGUACAACUUCAUUCGGCAAGAGAAGUGCCCAUCUCCAAGGACUCGGAUUUUUGAACAGACCUCUGAAGGAAGUGGUUUGCUAUAUGGAUUAGCUUCUGGUGUGGCAUCUGGCCUCUGGACAGUACUUACCUUGGGAGGAGUUGGGAAUAAGACAAGCCAGCAAGGGGAUCUGUCAUCUCCACUGGCUAAUCGAAGUCUUCUGCUUCUGCUUGUUUUAUCUAAUUUGAGCAACAGACCAGAAAAACCAAAUCCAUACAGACAGUCGAUAAUGUCUUUCAGAAAUACGCAAGAUAAUACUGCUAUUCAAUCACCAAACUCCUACUGCUUCCAGAUAAAUUUCAACAGUUUGUAUACAGCACUGUACGAGCAGCAGAAAUCUGAUCAGGCCACUCUUCUGCUGUAUACUUUGUUGCAUCAGAACCCGAACGUGAGAACAUAUGUCUUGGCCCGUACUGACGUAGAGAAUUUGGUUCUUCCAAUUCUUGAGACUUUGUAUUGUGUUGAAGAACGUAAUUCUCACCAUGUGUACAUGGCACUCAUUAUUCUUCUAAUCCUCACUGAGGAAGAUUCAUUCAACCGUUCUGUGCACGAAGUGAUACUAAAGAAUAUUACUUGGUAUGCUGAGCGUGUCCUGACAGAAAUCUCAUUAGGAAGUCUUCUAGUUCUUGUGGUGAUACGAACUGUGCAGUACAAUAUGACCAGAACCAGGGACAAAUAUCUACAUACGAAUUGUUUGGCAGCAUUAGCUAACAUGUCUGCUCAGUUUCGGUCAUUACAUCAGUAUGCAGCUCAGAGAAUUAUCAGUUACACAUGCCGCCUCUUGCGGAGAUACCUGUAUGUGUUGGACAAAAUGUAUUUCCCCCGCUCUCACUGCACCACAUUGCAACAGUGGUUUUCAACUUGCAAUGACACUGGAGAGGACUUGAUAUACUUCCCUUGUUCCCACAUUCUCAAGUCCUAUGCAUCCAGUUUGUUUGCUCUGCUAUCAAAAAAGCACAAUAAGGUUCUGGAACAGGCCACGCAGUCACUGAGGGGUCCCGUUGGUGCAGAGGAAAAUUCACCAGUGCCCGAUUAUGCUCAGGACCUCAAUGUAAUUGAAGAGGUGAUCCGAAUGAUGCUGGAGAUCAUAAAUUCUUGCCUUUCCACUUCGCUUCACCACAACCCCAAUCUUGUGUAUGCACUCCUAUACAAACGAGAUCUUUUUGAACAAUUCCGCACACACCCCUCCUUCCAGGACGUGAUGCAGAAUCUUGACAUGGUGAUCAGCUUUUUCAGUUAUCGGCUGGAACAGGCUGGUGCAGACCUGUCAGUGGAACGAGUUCUGGAGGUCAUCAAACAGGGAGCCGUAGCACUGCCCAAAGAUAAACUGAAGAAAUUCCCAGAACUGAAGUUCAAGUAUGUUGAAGAGGAGCAACCAGAGGAGUUUUUUGUUCCGUAUAUUUGGUCCUUGGCUUAUAACACAACGGCGGAACUAUAUUGGAAUCCACAGCAAGUUCAGCUGUUUACAAUGGACUCUGGCUGAGCACCUGUGUUUUGUGAUGAUUGUUUGGAGGGUGGGAAUGGGCAAAUGUUAAAAUAACAGUUUCACAAGGAGAAUAAGAAGCUUUCAUCCAAUUUUUGUGUGGUCUACAUCCACAUUAUGGAGUAAUUUCUUUGGACAGGGUGAAUGGAAUUCACGGAUGUCAUGUAAAUUGGAAGUCAUCAAAAACAGACCAAACAUAGUUUCAAGGGAAUAAUUAUAUUUGACUAAUUUUUCACCAAAUAUCCUUCAUUAGUCUGACUACGAAAUAAGUUACUUUGCCCACUUUUGGCUGUUCCUAACAGGCCCUUAUGCAAAUAGUACAGUAAACAUUGGUGGAAUCCAGCAUUAAAGAAAGAAAUGUCCCAUAAAAUAGAGUACCCACGUUUCUUCACAUAUAUUCAGAAUACUAAUAUCAUUUAUUGGCUAUAAUAAUGUUUAAUUAAAAUUUUUAGAAUUGCUGUCAUUCCUGAUCCAGAAACAUUUCUUGUAAAUAACAGCCAAGACAGAGGUCCUGUUAUUUCUUUGUUUUAGUUAGUGUACAAGCUUGAAGAAAUUCAGAUAUGUAUUUAAUAAUGACAAUGGUGCAGGCUGUGGACAAAUGAUUUCCAAUCGAGUUAUUGUUCAACUCUUCUGACUUCUUAACCAGUGAUGGUACCAUCAAUGAACACUUUACUUUUUAAAAUACAUUUAUUGCAUUUUGAAAUGCCAUAUUUAUUAUGUGCACAAUCAUGAACAAGAUACAAAACUAAGUUGAUAUAAUUCAAUAAGUGUAUCCUAGUCAGAUUUCAGAAAUGUAUGCUUUAAUUGACGAAUUUAGCUUAAAAUAAAUGCUUGAUCUCGCUUGUUGAUUUAGUGGA